AUUGGUGUACACGACCAAGAUACAACUGACACAUCGAGGUACAGUUUAGAGCAGAAUUGAGUCGUUAAAUUUGGGGUUGACUCUUUCGUUCGAAGUUACCUCGGAGGCCUAAGCGUUGGGAGUGUAAGAGAAAAAAAAGAAAACAUUAAGAAAAGCUUCUAAACAACGCUUAACAAUUAGAUACCAUUUAGUGAGACUGAAAGAGAGAGUCUGAGUAUUAGUACAACAUUUUUAAAUUAUUAGUUUGUGUACGUAAUGUAGUGUUCACACCAACUUCUUGAAAUCAGCCCCGGCCGAUGUGAUACAUGGUCAGGGCAUCAAUGAACAAGAGAUCUAGGGACAAAAUUUCAACCCGAAAUUCUGUACUAACAAGCAAAACUUGCAUGAUCCCGUAGUUAGUGAUAGCUAAGGCUAUGUUCUCAGUAUACCGGAUCAAUAAACCCAUACGUGAUAGGGCAUCGGUUGACAUAUAAGAAGGUUAUUUCGGCGAGAUUUCUGCAACGGAGCGAAGCUGCCUCGCGCCGAUCUCUAAAGUGGAGAGUCACAUAUGAUCGGAUAGACUACGAGCAGUAUCUCUUUUUCUUGUAGUCCGUCGACCAAAACGCGAGACACGCAAAUGGCCACGGGCGUGACUUAAGGCGCGAGACGGGAGAGGCACGAAAAAGAGAGAAUCUUUUUUUUUUCUUCUCGGUCUGCCCUCCUCGUUUCGCACGUCUCGUGGCUUCGCCGCUCCCGUGCGCGUGCACUGCUCUCACUAAAUCUGAAGAAAAAGAGAGACUGCUCGCAGUCUACAUAUCGGAUAGGUGUUCGUACUUUACCGAAUAGCUUUUCGUGUCGGUAUGAAGAGCUAUCUGGAAGCCUGCGAGCAAGCUCUCGUUUCACUCGCCCAAAUAGGAGAGCUUAUUCUUGCUCGCAGGCUAGCUAUCUAGUAGAGUGUGAACAUUACCUAAAGGUCGCCAUUGAAGGAUUUCAUUUCUAAGAGUGAACAGGUUCAAGUUGGUUCAGUUUUCAGGUUUUUGCCGUUCCUUUCCCCACAGUUCUAGUAAAGGCUUUUAUUGUUUUGCACAUGCACACGGUUUCUUCCUUUCCCACGCCAUAAUAAGGGCUUUAGUCUAUUUUAAAUCAGUUUGUUUUGUCGUCGCGUCGAAUGCCUGUAAUUAAUUUUAUAUUUUUGGUGUUUUGCAGUUUCGCCAGCACAAAAGCCAUGCGUGCAUAUUCUGACAGUAGUGAUCUACAUAGUUCUUACCCCUGGGAAAGGGAAAAGCGAGACGACUUCUAUCGCGGAUGGGGUACGGAAAAAUGGAACAAAGACUUCUCCAAGGACAAAGCGCAGAUGAUGAAUGGACCAACCACAAAACGCUCGCCUUGCAAAAAGUACAUAUCUGUUGUUUCAGAGGGUAACUAUUUCAUAGCCUCAAAAGCGCCGCUUCCGGACCGAAUCGAGCUUCGAAUGUGUGGUACGGCAGGUGUAUCGCAGAAGCAUCGCUCGGUUUCCAUUCCAGACCUGUACCGCAUCAAGAUGAAGCCAAUUCCGGAGGCAGUGGAGGACAUAGUGGAUGCUGUGUGUCGCGAAGAUGUCCAGUCGGAAGGUUUAUGUCCCAUACAUGAUCAUCACUCACCAAGAAACAGUGAUUUAAAAGAGAUGUACGUCUCGCAGUACACGCACCAUUUCGACCCCACCGAGCCUCGUUCACAUAUUGCUGGAUGGAAGGUCGACAUUGAACCCAACGGCAUUCCACAUCGUCGGUCUCGAAUGUGCGUUCUUAACAAUCCUGUCGUGUCGGGAUCGAGAAAGAGACCCGAACGCCCAAAAUCUGCACCUCCUACUUUGGCUUAUGAGUUCGACCUGCUCGAACAGAGCAUCGAAGAUGACAGACUUUCGUCUGCUACCCUUCCCACAUUUCAUCGGGGUUAUCCUGAAUCUGUUCAAAGUACCGAUGACUUAUCGACCCGUCUUAAAGAUCUGAUUGUGGACUCCGCGCCGCCAGAAUUCAUCAACGAUGAUAGUUCAUUCGGCUACGAUCCAAGCGAUGAUACGUCGGAGACAUCUUCGGCGUUUAACCAAGACCCAUACAAAAAGAGAGAUCCCGCCAAAUUUAACUACAGUCGCCCAAGGUUGAUUCGACUCUCCGCUGACUUUCCUGGCGUAAGAAACUUGGAAAAAAUGCGCCGAAAACGGCAAAGCAUGGGUUCAUCAUCAACUGGUUCCAUGUCAUCUCCNUCGGCGUUUAACCAAGACCCAUACAAAAAGGGAGAUCCCGCCAAAUUUAACUACAGUCGCCCAAGGUUGAUUCGACUCUCCGCUGACUUUCCUGGCGUAAGAAACUUGGAAAAAAUGCGCCGAAAACGGCAAAGCAUGGGUUCAUCAUCAACUGGUUCCAUGUCAUCUCCCUCUCCUUCUCCGAGGUCGGCUGGUGAGUAUGGAUUUUUCGUGGCGCUUACAUCAAAGGAUCAAAUCCCUCAACAGAGGCAUGGAAGAUACUAUUCCAUGACGUAA